AUGGGCAGAAGCGGCGAGCCCGGCAACAGCGGCGGCGGCGGCGGCGCAGAGGACGUCGCAGGCGGCGAGGCAGGCAACGCAGGCAACGAAGGGCCUGGCACCGCCGGCGCAAGCGCGGGCACCACUCACAGUGGCAGCGACGAUCAGCGCAGCCCCAGCACCAGCGGCGCCACGGGCAUUGACACCCCGCGCCCUGGCCCGCCGGUGCGGGCUGAGAGGGGCCGCUCGGAGUCCCCCCACCAGCCCUCCCUGCAUAUCCGCCUCCCGGCCCCCGCCACGCACGAGGACGCCGGCCCCCCGCCCUCUGAGGCCGCCGUCGCGGCGGAGGCGGUCGCGGCCGCGCGCGUCGCCGCCGCGCGCCGCGCGCUGCUGGACGCGCCCGAGAGCCCCAGCUGGGCGGGCGCCGCCGCCGGCAGUCGCCGCGCGGCGGUUGCUGACAAGGACCAAGAGGAGGAGCAGGAAAUGGAGUGGCGAAGGUUUGGCAGGGGCGCGGUGCCUGCAGAGCUGGUCCUCGUGCAGCGGCCCGCGGGCACCGGCGGCUGCAGGAUCACGCUGAAGGCCGCGACCCAGGCGGCCUCGGGGGAGGACGCGGGCGGCGAGGCCGGGCAGCAGCUGCGCCCGUCAGCCGAUGGCGGCGGUGGCAGCGGCGGCGGAGGGGCGGCUGGCACGCAGUCCGCUGGGGCGGGAAUCCAGACAGAGGCGGCCGCGGGCGCCGUGGACUCGGCUGCCACCGCGGGGGCCAACCCUGCGGCGGAGGCGGCCCCGCAAGCUGCAGAAAUAGACGGCACGGCCGCGCUGGGCGGGGCGACGCCGGGCGCCCCUGCCGCAGUGGUCGAGGUGUAG